AUGCCGCUGCCGCUGGCCAUCUCCACGACACUGAAGCGGAAAAAGUGGACGGAGGAGGAAGAGCGCUCGCUGAUCGAAAAGUACGCCGAGAUGCAAUCGGACGGCAUCCUGGCUCGGAUGCGCACUCGCGAGAAGAAGUUCCGCCCAAUCGCUGCUCACGUUAACGCCGGCCACCACUGCAUCGAUUCCGUCGCUUACCCCUUCCUGUGGUCAUGGAAGGACGCUUCCACCAAGGUCCAGAACAUGCGCCAUCAGUACCUUCUCGUUAAGCAAAAGCUUUUCUCGUCCUCGACUUCCGCAUCCGCCAACGAACCAGAUUGGUCCCAGGGCCUUUCUCUCUGGCCCAAUUUUCUACGAUACCGCGAUGUCUUCGGUGACGCGCCUCUGCCUCUCAAACCUCCGGACCCCACUUCCUCCGUGGCCGCCCCCGAGCCUCUUGCCUCCCCGGCCGACGCGGACGGAGAUCUUGGCAUAGGGUUAGGGUUUGACUGCUCGGAUGAAGAUGGCGGAUUCGACUACGAAGACGCGUCUCACCCUCUUUCGCUGCCUCCGCCUGAGUUGUCGUUCCUUUCCGCGAGGAGAAAGAAGAAGAAACGGAGGAGGAGAGAGGGUCGAGAAUGGGCUAGGGUUUCCUUGGCGCUUGCCGAACUUCGAGAAAGGGAGGAGAGGUUGGAGGAGAGGGCUCGGCAGGCCCAUGAUGAGGAGGAGAAGGAGAGGGAGUCGAGGGGGGUGGAGGAGGUGGAACGACUGCGUCGGCGGGAAGAGGAGGAGAGGGAGUGGGAGGAAAGAAUGGAGCAUCGGCGUGCAGAGUGGAGGAAGAGGAUGGAAGGGAUGAUGGAACAGCACCGGGCAGAGAUGGAACAGAUCCAAGCUCGUGUAUUGCACGAGCAGCAGGCGGUAGUUAACCAACUGAUUGGGAUCAUCUCCCACUGGGCGGCAGGUGUCAGCGGCAGUGGGAUUGGGGAUGUUGCUGCGAUGGGAGUGGGGAAUGGUGCUGGUGCGCAGCAUUAUAUGUCACAGACGAUGCAGGGGAUGCAUCAUGUGAACGGGAUGGUGCCCGGGGAAAACAGAGUUGGCAGCGACGGGCCAGAUGACCAGUUCAUUGUUGAUGAGUAA